AUGUCCAAAGCAGCACGAUUCGCCGUCCGCACAGAUCGUGCACCCCUUCCACCCCCAUUCCUCUCUCAAGGCCUGGUCGUCGGGGAUGUGGUCCACUGCUCCGGCCAGGUAGGAGCCGACCCAGCCACGGGCAAACUGGUGGAGGGGAGCAUCCAGAACCGAACACGACAAAUCCUCCGCAACCUGAACGCCGUCCUUGAGGCGGGCGGCUCAAGUCUCCAUGACGCUAUCAAAGUCAACAUCUUCCUUACAGACAUGGCUGAUUUCUCCGCCGUAAACGAAGUUUAUGUUACUUUCUUCUCGGAUCCCAAGCCGGUGCGUACCUGUGUUUGCGUCAAAUCCCUCCCAUUAGGAACGGAUGUUGAAAUCGAAUGUUCUGGUCUGGUUACGAAGAGUGGCACUGGGCGCAGCUCUAGACUUUGA